ACCUACGCCGCCGCGCGGUAGUUACCAAUUACCGCGUGGUACGCGUACGCGCGGCGACUGUUGAGCUUGGCAGUUACAGCGUCGUCGUCCCGAGUUCUCGACCGACCGGCUUAUCUGUUUAAUUUGUGCGUACUCCACCGCCGCUGCCGUCCCGAUCCGUGCGGGCGCGCGCGCGUAAUCCGUACGGAAUACGCGUGUACAACGCCGCCGCCGGAGAUAAUACACGCGCACACCUUUCCCCGCGGUUCGACGACGCCGCCGCCGCCGUCUGGUAAUAUAAUAUAUAAGAUCCGUUACGCGCAUUCACUCGUCUCAUAGGAACGACAAGUGCCCGCCGACAAGACGAACAGUGUUCGUACGCCAUAAUAUACAUAUAUGUGUAUACGACGUUAGCGUCUUUGCACGUUGGGGUUUUAAUUAUUCUAAAUCGUUUUCCGCGUUCGGAAUCGCGCUCUAUAAUAAUAUAACAACCGCUCGUUUUGAAAAUUUAAAGAAAAUCUUUUUUCUCUCGUAAAUUUCCGCGGACGGCGUGCCCGAAGUGAUUUUUGUCGUGACGAUAUUUUUUUAAUAUUGUGCCCAUACUGUAUACUGUAUAGUGUAUACAGUGCUCGUGCUGUACGACGACGACAGCGAACAUUAUCACACACACACGCGCCGCACGCAGCGCAGCUCACGACGGACGCACGCACACACGCGGGCGCGCUCCGCGUACUAUAGCACCGUUCGUGACGACUACUAAUACUGCUGCUACUGCUGCUGCUGCUGCUGCUGCUGCUAAACUGCGACUACGACCACGAGCACAACUACAACUGUUGCCGUACAGUACAUAAGCCAGCACCGGUGUUGCGACGACAUUCGCUCGCCGGUAACGACCAUCAGCGGGCAUCAGCCGCAUCCGCAGCCGCCCACCGUCGACAGUCAGCCCGUCUGAACAUGACGUCGUCGCCAUCAGCAGCUUCCAGCGCGCGCUGUUACGUGCCCAGGUCCGUGAUCGUGGCCGUCGUCGCCGCGUUGGCGUCGUGCACCGACGCCGCCACAGUGAUGACCAAAAUGAAAGACGCCUCCAUGUUUAGAUCUAAAGGAGCCGUUGAUGUGGACGGAAAUGUCGCCGAAUCAGCCAUGAAGGAUAACGCCGAAACAUACAACUUUAACGCUCAAAACUACACACACGUCUCCAACAUUACCGACGCGGAAGACGAUGACGGAACGUCUGGUGCAGUAGGCGAUGAGGAAGCGCUGUCCGCCGUAUGGUAUCUGGCCGCGUUCGGCGGCCUGGUGCUGUUCUUCUUCGUGGUCACGUGCUCCGAAUUGUUCUUUGGAAAUCCCAUCUAUACGCGCCGUCCCGUAGAGCUGCCGCACGCCGGCUACCUACGCCGACACGUGUACGGCAUCCGGAACCACGGACAGCACAACUACAAGCCCGAGACGCCACCCCCGCCGUACCACCUGUUCGCGCCACCCAGCUAUGAUGACACAGUCAAGGGAGGAUUCGGACAGGUGCAGCAACAGUAUCAUCGCGCUCCGAUUACCACCGGCAAGAAGCUCCCCGACGUUUAUGUGGUACCCAUACACGCGGCCACGACCACGACCACCGCCGCCACCACCUGCGCCGCUACCUGCGCCACGUGCACCACGAACGCCGCAGCCGUAGCCGUGGCGGUGGCCGACUCUAAACUACUGGCCGCCGUACUACCACAGACGAAAUUCAAAUAAUAGUCGUCAUGGCCGCCACCCACACUCAAAUCCCUCCCCUAAUUCUCCCUCACCGUUCAUUCCCUUGGGCUGCCCAUGGAUUUUUACUUCUUCAGACGGAUGAACGGGAACGACUGUGACGACAAUGACGACAUUGAAAAUAUAAUAUAGUUCUAUCAAUUUUUUUCGCGCAAGAUGACGACGCACGCGUAUAAUUUAUAAUAAUGUUAUAAUCAAAAAACAAUGAGUUAUAAAAUAAUAUCUCGUAUGAUAUUUUCUCUCAAUCACUCUCUCUCUCUCUCUCUACCGUCGUGUCGUAUAACAGGCGCGUUCUUUGAUCUCAUUUUUAUACAUAUAUGUGUACAUAUCCAAAUGUUAUUUUUAUACGCCAUCACACACACGCACAUUACCUUGUACGUGCGUAAAUAUAUUAUUAUAAAUGAUUAUGUAAUACGAUAAACGCGUUAUGAUUUGUACACGAGCAUAAUAUUAUAAUGAUCGUCCAAACAUUGUUGGUUAUUAUUCGUUCACACGACAAGAUUAUCAACAAAAUCGUGUUUAUAUAAUUUAUUAUUUGUACAACUCAAACGAGUACUUUCCAAACGUUUUUAUAUAUUAUUAUUAUUAUUGUUGUUGUGUGUGUGUGAUUUUUUUUUUUUUAUAUAUUAUACAUAAUUAUUUAUUAUUUUAUUUAUAAACAUAUAAUAUUAUAUUUAAUUUUUGUAUGCACAAACUCGUGCAGUAGUAUAUAACAUUGCAAUAACGAUGUAUCAUAUUAUUUUAUUAUUAAUCGCGUACACGCGUCAGUCUGAACACUCUGAACAGUAGCAAACUGUGUCGCGAUAUUGAGAACGAGCGCCUGUCUGAACACACACACGUCUCUACGCGGCAGUCAAGUACGAGCCGCCGCCGGACACACUUUCGACGCGCCGCGGUCCAUCGACGCACUUGCCACGUGUUCCUGUAUACCCUAUGGUUCUAUCGUCCGGUGUACGUGCAGCCUCGCAUAACUUCGUGGGGGCCACUCAGUUUCCAUUAUCUUUACUAAAUUAUGUGUACACAAUAUAUUUUAUUAUUUUAUAUGGUAUAAACUUAAAGGAUAAGUUAUGAUCCGACGGUUAUUUGAUUUUGAUAUUGUGAACCUAAAUAUUGUUUUUUGUGACUAUCGACGUGUAUAGUAUACGCGUAUAUAUGUUUUUUGAACUUUUAUUGAAUGAAUGUGUUGAACGUAGCCUAUAUUAGGCGAUUUAUUUUCUUUCUUUUUAUAAUUUAUUUAUUAAUAAACUGUUACCAAACACAUUUUUGACUAAA